AUGCUAAUCUGCUCCGACUCGGACGGCGACGGUAGGCUCUUUCCGCCAGACAUCGAAGAGGCGCAGCCGCUGCUCGGCGAUGACGGCUUCGCGCUGUUUGCCGAGCUGCGGGCGCGUGUGCGCGAGCGGGUGCGCGCUCGCUACGGAGCGGUGGAGCCCGUCAACAGCUUGAUCAGCUGGAUCUCGGGCGCCGGUGCGCACAGCGCCGGCGCGGCCACAGCGGAGGAGACGGCCCACCUCCGGAGCUUUGACUGGCGCGUCGAUCCGGCUCACGGGACCUUCGCGCCGCACGUGGACAAGGCGAACCAGAGCGCGUACGACGUCUCGGCCCUGCUCUACCUCACCACCUUGGGUGCCGACUUUGCCGGCGGCCACUUCGCCUUCAACGACCCCGACUGUGACUUGCUACUCGAGCCGCAAGCGGGGCGCCUGCUAGCCUUCCCGUCUGGGUUCGACAACCUUCAUCAGGUGCGGCCAGUGCGGAGCGGCGAGCGUUUCGUGCUCUCCGUGUGGUUUACCGCGCACGGCGGCGACGGGCGAUUGAACUCAGCCUGUCGGAAUUUCGGUGACGUCUGA